CUGAGUUUCGCGCACCAGGCGCUACGGAAGCCGCGAGCUCCCGGUUCCUCGGUUGUUCAGUCUACGACUUUCCGGUUCCUCUUCGCCUGGUUCCUCUCCCGGGCCGAGCAGACAGAGAAGCCCAGGCCCAGAGCCCACUCAGGGGGGUGGGAGAAGCUGGACCAAAGUGACGGUAGAUAGUUGUUUUCACUCCGGUUCGGGUCUGUGAAACCUCGGCGUCAAAUCUGGAGUUCUGAGAAGCAGCGGAAGAGACGCGGAGGAGUUUUGACCGGGGAGCGGUUGAUACUUCGCGGUUGAGAGGAACCGGUGUACGUGUGUGUAAAUGUGUGACAGCGGAGUGUGUGAGGACAAGCCCCCCGCCCCCCCUGUCAGGAUGAGCAGCCAAGGAGGAGGAGCCAAGGACCCCCAGUCAGCCAAUCACAGCUCUCGGCCGUUGCCGUCUGUGCCGGAGGAGAGGAAGUCCAGAAACAAGAUCAUCUCCAUGUUUGCCUCAGAGAAAGGAGGCAGGAAGAAGGACAAGGACAAGGACAGACCUGAGAUUUCCUCCCCAUCGGACUUUGAACACACCAUCCAUGUGGGUUUUGAUGCCGUCACUGGAGAGUUCACUGGCAUGCCAGAGCAGUGGGCCCGUCUCCUUCAGACCUCAAAUAUCAGUAAAUCUGAACAGAAACAAAAUCCUCAGGCUGUCCUCGACAUCCUCAAGUUCUACGACUCCACCAGUGGAAAACAAAAAUACCUCAGUUUUUCCGCCUCGGAUAAAGACUCACAGUCGCCGGGCAAGCAGGGUACUGUGACCUCCCCGACCAAGGGCGGCGACGAUGAUGACGACGACGAUACACCACCUCCAGUUGUGGCCCCACGACCAGAACACACAAAAUCAGUGUACACAAAGUCGGUGAUAGAUCCACUUCCUGCUCCAGAGGGUGAUGCCUCUAAGGCCGCUGACAGACAGAAAAAGAAGGGAGGCAAAAUGACUGAUGAGGAGAUCAUGGAGAAACUAAGAACCAUUGUCAGCAUCGGAGAUCCUAAGAAGAAAUACACUCGCUAUGAGAAGAUCGGCCAGGGGGCGUCUGGAACAGUUUACACGGCCAUCGAUGUUGCCACGGGACAAGAGGUGGCCAUCAAACAGAUCAACUUGCAGAAGCAGCCGAAGAAAGAGCUAAUUAUCAACGAGAUCCUGGUCAUGAAGGAGAUGAAGAACCCCAACAUUGUCAAUUUUGUAGAUAGUUUCCUGGUGGGGGACGAGCUUUUCGUGGUGAUGGAGUACCUGGCUGGUGGCUCGCUAACCGAUGUUGUGACGGAGACGUGCAUGGACGAGGCUCAGAUUGCCGCUGUCUGCAGAGAGGUCAUUCAGGCUCUUGAGUUUCUUCACGCCAACCAGGUCAUCCACAGAGACAUCAAGAGUGACAACGUUCUGCUGGGGAUGGACGGAUCAGUCAAACUCACUGACUUCGGCUUCUGUGCCCAGAUCACUCCAGAGCAGAGCAAACGCAGCACCAUGGUGGGGACUCCAUACUGGAUGGCGCCAGAGGUGGUGACCAGGAAAGCCUACGGACCUAAAGUGGACAUCUGGUCUUUGGGGAUUAUGGCCAUAGAGAUGGUGGAGGGAGAGCCGCCGUAUCUCAAUGAGAACCCUCUCAGAGCGUUGUAUUUAAUCGCCACCAAUGGGACCCCCGAGCUGCAGAGUCCAGAGAAGCUGUCUCCUGUCUUCAGGUCCUUCCUGUCGCGCUGUCUAGAGAUGGACGUGGAGAAACGAGGCUCAGGCAGGGAACUGCUGCAGCAUCCAUUCCUGAAGCUGGCUAAGCCUCUGUCCAGCCUCACCCCGCUCAUCCUGGCAGCCAAGGAGGCCAUGAGGAGCAACCGCUAAAUCCCAGGCUCUAAAGACGAUAACUAACACCAGUAACAUCCAAACAAACCAGCCAGCAUCCUCUACUGGUCUACGUAUUAUGAUGAUCGUCAGUAAAAUCUCCACUCUUAGCAGUGGAAGCCAUAUUUAUCUUACCGUUGUGCCUCGUUCCAAAGCUACACGCAGCCGUGCUGAAUUCCAUAUUCGUUGCAGUCGUAGCUUCCAACACCCUUAUCUCACUGAAAGUUAAACCAUUCCUGUAAAGAGGUGGGACUCCAACGUUAUAGUUUUAAGUCUGGUUUUAUACAUGAAACUUUUUAAUGUUAUUCAGUGGUAGAUGGAAAAUUUCCUUAUAGCUUCAACCUUCUAACGGCAGUUUCGGCUGCUAGCAGGCACCAAAACAUGCCUCUGCAAUCAAACUCUCUGUGGGAUCCUUUAGAAACUUCACAAACCGUCUGAUGUUUAUUCUUCAAUGCAGUGUUUUGUCUUCAUCUCUGCCUUUUGCAAUAGAUGCCUUAGUGUGUGUGUUGGUCUAAGUACCAGAACAAUUAUGUUUGAAAUGAUCUGUUGAACUGGAGGAAAACCUUUUUUUUUUGUACAUUAUAAAUUGGUAGUUUCCUGAAUUUUUAAAUGUCUUUUAAAAAGUAUGUAUAUCGUUGUUUUAUAUUUGUGACUAACACAACAGAAGAUUUUUUUUUUUUUUAUACCAAUUCAUUCUUACCUCCCUGAACGUUGUGCUUGUGCACUCCAAACCCUAAAACUGUAUUGAUAAGCCCUAAGAAAUUGAGCCAGACCUGAGUCAAUCAGUUUUAAAUUUGAUUAGUUUUAACGUGAGUUUGUUUUACACCUCGAUUUACAGCAAGUUUAGACAAUCGCUGAAAGAAAAAUCACAAAUGGACCUUAAAUGUUUUGUUAGCGUAGCACAAGCUCUUUGUUGGGUUGGAAGUCCUCUUCCAUGGAGCCUGCCAUGUUUCUACAGUAGCCCAAAACACAGUAGAUUAUUUUUUAUGCCACUGUAGUUUCUCAUGCACACUCAGAACGAGCGAAGGUGAAAGGAGGAGUUGUUUGCAAUCUGCCUUCUCACCACUAGAUGCUAACACUGGGUGCAUGCAACUAUCAACAUCACUAUUAUGUGGCUUUUGACUAGAACACAUUCCAUUUAUACUGUAUGUGUGAUAUGAAUGAUUGAAGAAUUUAAAAAGAAUGCAUCAAGGCUCAUCAUGAAAACACAACUCUUCUACUGUCAAAUAAAAUCCAUGCAUGUAAAUUAUUAAUAAAGGCGGACCUGAAUAGACUUGUGUCUGGAUUCCUGAAUGGGGCUGCUGGACACGGGGUCUGGAUCCUGGGUUAUUACCUCUCAGGUUAUUUUCUCUGUGUUUGUUUGUUUGCAGAAAUUACUC